AUGCAGCCCACUACCAGUGAAAAGAAAAAGUCGAAAAGAAAGCCCCACAAGUCCAAUGCAGAUGAAUCUUCUCAAGAUUUAGAUAUUGAAAAUCAUCAAGAGGAAGAAACAAUGCGUCAUUCUAAGCGAAAGCAGGAUGAUGACACUGAGUCAGAUUCAGCUCCCAAGAAGGCCCGGAAAUCUCUCAAAUCUCACAAAUCCACGCAAGACGAUGCGGAGAUUCAAACCUCUAACUCCAGGCUACCUACUCCGGAAGACACUGAAGAGACUGAAGAAAAUUCCGCUCAACCUACUACCGAAGACACCAACGACCUUGCCUUAGACAGCAGAGGAAGACCUCGAAAACCCAGAAAAUCCCGACAGAGCGAAAAAAAUAAUAACACAAUUGGAUUCUUUGGCGCAGAAGAAGUUCAAAGGCUAGAAGCCUUCAAAGUAGCAUUCUGUAACGAGCAUGGCCUCAGCCCAUCAAUGUUCGAUGACGCGAUUCAACACUCUACACCCAAUGGUAGUGGAUGGCCAGGAUUCGAGUGCGCCAGCGAUCUCGGUAAGAAGCAGCAGUUCUGGGCUCGCAUUCAUGAAGUCCUCCCUCGUCGCGACACCCGCUCCCUUUCACGAUUCGCGCGAAGACACUUCCAGGGUUCAUUACAAAAGGCCCAUGAGUGGUCAAAGGAGCAGGAGGAAGAGCUCAUAGCUCUGUAUCAAAAAUUUGGGUCCAGGUUCGCAUAUAUUGCCAGACUUAUUGGCCGCAGCGAAGACGACGUUGUCCAGCGAUGGAAGAACCGACUACAACAUCGUCAUGUUCAGAAGCGGGGAUUCUGGACCGAAAAGGAGGCUCGUACAUUGAUGAAUCUUGUGGAAGAUGUCUGGAAAACGAACAAGAUGCUGGGCAUCGAUGUUGGCAAAGACGUGUACGAAAUGAGGUUAUCUGAUAUAAACUGGGGUAAUAUCAGUAACAAAAUGAAAAAUACCCGGUCCCGUCAGCAAACUGCCGACAAGUGGCGCAAGAUCUUGGCGAUUGUGCGAAGGAGGCGUAUGAACGGUGAUCCUGACGCUGUGUACGAUCCUGCUACUGUCGAUCGAAAACGAGGGUCUCAGACACCGGCAACACGAAGCAAUAGUGUAGUACAGGACUCUAGCGAUGAUGAAUUCCACGACGCAAUUGACACUACCGAACUUACCGAUAUCGAUAUCAUGCAACCACCUCAAUCAUCGCCAGAGGCAUCUCCAGAGGCAUCUCCAACCCCCGACAACACUACUCCACCUGUAAAGAUGGAAAUGGACGAAGAGCCAGUAGUGGAAGCCGAAGCAAAAUCCGAGGCUGAGGAUCCCGUCACUCCAAAGAAUAAUCAAAAGCGUGACCAGAGAAACAAAGAAAAGAAGCGUCUCUUCAGUCACAAAAGGGAGCAAGCUAUGGAAGAAGAGCCUGUAGAAGAGCAGCCUUCAGAGGAUGAACUUCCACCCUUGCCUCCUUCCAAUCCAGAACAAGAAACUGCUAGAAAGGAAGCCAAAAAGGAGAGGAAGCGAAUGAGAGCUGAGAGAAGGGAAAGUCGUCGACAGGAAAAAGAACAACAUGAAAAGGAACUACAAGAAAAAGAACUAGAACAAGAGCAAUUCGUGAAGACCGAACCUGCUUCACCCCCUCCCACCAGCAUCGAUGAUAAAGUUGCGAGGAAAGAGGCCAAGAAGGAGAGGAAGCGAUUGAGGGCUGAGCGGAGGGAAAGUCGACGAGAGCGCCAAAGCUUGAAUGCAGCGAUUGAGAUAUGA